ACACCUUCCCCGUGUCAUGACGUAGCAGCAGAAGACGGCGACGGCGACGGGACGGCGGCCGAUGACCGAUUGUGUAGGUUGGGAAUCUCAAGACCUGUCACAAUGUCAAGAAAAAUACUUGAACAUCAUAUAAAGGGGCUAAAUAUGACUCCUGAAGAACUGGAAGCUUUAACACCUGAAGAGAGAUGGAGAAUUGAACAUGCAAAAGUUUACGAGCAACAUAGAGGACAUGAUUCUAUGCAUGCAGAAAUGGUCCUUAUAUUCAUUGUAGUUCUAAUAAUAGCUCAAAUAGUAUUGGUUGAAUGGAAAAGGCGACAUCACAAGUCAUACUUGCUUGUCACUCUUUUGACCAUGUGGCUGCUACCUAUGGGACUUAGUAUGCACAACAAGUACUGGAGAUUUAUCUUCAUUUGGCUCUUGUUCUCUUGCAUCAGUGGGUUGGUAAUGGUAAAAGCUGUGCAGAAGCCAAUUCAACAAACUACUCCAAGAUUGGUCUAUAAAUGGUUUUUGUUCAUUUACAAGUUGAGUUGUGCAGUGGGUUUAGUAGGAUAUGUUAUAAUGAUGAUGACUUUCCUAGGAGUCAAUUUGAUUUUUGAUUCUAAACCACACAAAUGGAUGGAUUGUGCGAUUUUACUGGUUUUCUAUAGUAUGUACUAUGGUGUCUUAGGCAGAGACCUAUCAGAGAUUUGUGCAGACAAAAUGGCAGCUCAUGUCGGGUACUACACUGAGGAAGGUAUCCCGACUCGUCAUCUGGAACCUGGGGUCUGUGCAGUUUGUGGCAAUAAGUUACUGGUAUCUGAAAAUGAGGAAGGUGUCAUAGAAAACACUUUCAAAUUGUCAUGUCAGCAUGUAUUUCAUGAGUUUUGCAUAAGAGGUUGGUGUAUAGUUGGCAAAAAGCAGACAUGCCCUUACUGCAAGGAGAAAGUGGAUCUCAAAAAGAUGUUCUGCAAUCCCUGGGACCGACCUCAUAUUCUCUAUGGACAUUUCUUGGAUUGGAUUCGCUGGCUUGCAGCUUGGCAACCUUUGAUCAUGUUUUUAGUGCAAGGAAUCAAUUGGAUGCUUGGUCUUGAGUGAUGGAUAAGGAUGUCCUCUUCUCUAUAACUAUUGGUGGAAUGGUUAUUCCAUUCAGUUCAAUUACAUUCCAUAGACCCUCUUCCCUACUUUCUUGGGAUAUUUUUAAUUUCAACUUAAACUGGAUUGCAAUACAUCAAAAGUGCAUAUUCAACCAUUUUGUUGCUUAUGUGUAUUUGAACUUCUCUCAGAGGAUUAUAUUCAGCACUUGUAAGAUUGGGAGAGAAAACUUGCAAUUACUUUUGCAAUGUUGAUGUGAUGAAUCCCCCAUUUAUUGUGAAUUUCUUGCUUUUUUUCAUUACUCACCCGUUUGAAACAUGCCCUAUUAUUAAUGUGUGGAGGCUUUUGUGAUAGUGCUAAGUUCUGCACAUUGCUUGAGAUUUUUCUUGAACGUCCUUGUCAUAAGCGUUCAGAAUUGUAAAUGAAUUUGUUGUUUAUAGUCCUUAAGUAUGGUUAAAAAUUGUCCUAUGUAAUGGUUUUUAGAUAAGCUUGUUAAGUUUUAAGUUGUUUUUUUUCCUGUCUGACUCACAAGCAGUUACUGCUUGUAAACUUAAAGCCACCCUGCAAUGGUUUAUUGACUGGCUAUUUCAUGUAGUUUUGAGUCUUAAGUACUCUCCUAUAACUUUUGUAUUUUUUCUUUUUUAACUGAUGUGCAAACCAAUUUGCAAACAGACUAUGAGAUUUUGUAUCAAACUGAACUCUUGCUAUGCCUGAAGAAUAACCAAUUUUAAAAGAAGAAAUCACAUUAUUAACUAGCACUGAGUUGUUGGAAUGGGAACUUCCUUCAAGCAAAUAUGAAAUCAAAAUCAGGCUAAAUCAGUGAUUUUACUUUGCUUUGUUCUUCGUGAUACUCGUUUUGAUAUCUUACUCGAGUCUUGGAUAGAUGUAAUUACUUCAUGAUUUUGAAUUCAAUUAGUGUGUAAUUUGUAUUAAAUUAAAAAAAGGCGUGCUCUAUCAUUCAACAGAGUGGUCUGGUGUGGUAUGUCAACUGUUUUCUAAAUCAACGAAGAUUGAUUUGCUAGUCCUUGUGUAUAUUUUACCUGUUAUCUGUCUCACAUUAUUGUGCGGCAUGGUUUAUUUUUAUAUUCUUCAUGUUGAAGCACAGAUUAAAGACCAUCGGAGUUCCUUACGGGAUCUAAGAUUUAA